AUGAGUCGGUUAGGACUUCCCCAAAAACUAUUUUUCCUUCUGAUUUGGAUCUUGGCUACUGUACAACUGGUGAUUCAUGGUAGACACACAGGUCAAACCGAAUUCAAUGGGGAUCCAUCAAUCGAUGGUAUUGAUCGGAUCCCAAGACUGUUUAAUUACCACAUGGAGAAACUUGCCCGUCGGCCGCCACCGCCACCACCACCACCACCACAGCCACAAAUACAACAAGCUGGCCAACAGCAACAACAUUCUUCCGUAAAUAUUCCUAAAAUUGGGAAAAAAACGCCGUUGUUGAAACAGGAAUAUGUACCACAAUCCAAUCUCGAAUCAGACGAUGAACUGAAUCGUUUACUCCCCGAAUCCGCUCCCAUGUCCACUUUGGGACCGAACGAGCAACAGUCAACUCUCGGCCCAUUAGGACAGGCUCGUGAAUCAGAAACUGUGUUGGAUAAUGAAAUGGACUAUUUGAACCCAUUCAUUGACUCCCACAAGUACAGGGGGAAGAAAGGUGAGUUGUUCGAUGAGUCCCAUGAAUUCCCGGGGGCGGGGGGGGGCAGGUUUAUCGUGUGUUUGGGUCCGAUGGUUUGA